AUGGAAGUAUUUGGUGAUCGGGAUGAGCCGACCGAUCCUGAAUACAUAGAGGUGGAUCCGACCGGGCGAUACAUGCGCUACAAUGAGGUGUUGGGGAGAGGAGCUGUCAAGACUGUUUACAAGGCAUUUGAUGAGGCCGAAGGUAUCGAAGUUGCAUGGAAUCAAGUCAACAUAGAUGAGGUGAUGCAUUGUCCAGAUAACCUUGAGAGGCUCUACUCGGAAGUUCAUCUACUGAAAUCUCUCAAGCAUGAAAAUGUAAUGAAGUUUUACAAUUAUUGGGUUGAUGAUCAAAAGAAGACAAUCAAUGUUAUUACUGAACUGUUUACAUCUGGCAGUCUUAGGCAUUACCGACGGAAACAUCCACGUGUUGAUUUGAAAGCAAUAAAGAAUUGGGCAAGACAGGUUCUUCAUGGAUUAGAUUACUUGCACAGCCACCAACCUCCGAUUAUCCACAGAGACCUAAAGUGUGAUAAUAUUUUUGUUAAUGGCAAUCAUGGACAAGUUAAGAUUGGAGAUCUUGGACUAGCUACAAUUAUGCGAACACCUAAAGCAAGAAGUGUUAUUGGUACUCCUGAAUUCAUGGCACCUGAGCUAUAUGAUGAGAGUUAUGAUGAACUGGUCGAUAUUUACUCCUUUGGUAUGUGCAUGUUGGAAAUGUUCACUCUUGAAUAUCCAUACAAUGAAUGCAAAAAUCCAGCUCAGAUCUUUAAAAAAGUGUCCAAGGGUGUCAAACCGGCUGCACUGUUCAAAAUUGUAAAUGCUGAAGUUAAGCAUUUCAUUGAGAAAUGUUUCCUUCCUGCUUCUGAGAGGCUGUCCGCCAAAGAACUAUUGCAAGAUCCAUUUCUUUGCUCCGAAAAUGCAAAUGGUUUUGCUGGCACUAUGGUUCCAUCAUCAAUUCCCAAAGCAGUAGAGAUCUCUCUGCAAUCUUUGCACAUGGACGUCGAUACUCGUGGAUCUAUGUGUGGUAGCUCGGGCAAGAAAAAUGUCCUUGGUUCUCCACAUAAAUCCGUGUUGGAGUUCACGAGAACUAACAGAAAUACGGAACUCAAUCUGAAGGGAGAGAAACUUGAUGAUAGUUCAGUCUCACUGGUUCUACGGAUUGCUGAUUUGUGUGGUCAAGCAAGAAAUAUCCAUUUCCUCUUCUACCUCGAAUCUGACACAGCUAUGUCUGUUGCUGCGGAAAUGGUUGAACAGUUGGAGCUAGCAGACUGCGAUGUUACUUUCAUUGCUGAUUUUAUUGACCUUCUGAUAGUCAAUCUUGUUCCUGGUCGGAAACUGGCAAAUGAUGCAGCUAUGAGUUCAUACGAGGAAUCUAAAACGUGUGGAAGUGAUCAAGCAACUAUUUCCCAGCAGAACCCAUUAGAGAUGCCACCUGAUUAUGUGUUAGUUCAAAGUACAAUGCAUUCUAAAGAUAUCAGUGCAUCGCCGAAUAAAUAUCUAGAAUCUGUCUCAAGUGCAACUAACCUGGAGGGGCCAAAGUGCUCUGAGGGAUCGGACUUCUCUGCGCAGCUUGCUGGGAGUUCUGAAAGUCCGAGCUACGAUGGCACUGAUGACUGUGGGACUAUGUACUGUGGUGGGUACAAAGAGGGAAUCCACAAACUAGACUGCAACCAUGUUCUAGGUGAUGGGUCAAGGAACAUUUCGAUUUUCCAUAUAGAUGAAGCAUCACCUCCUUCGGAGCUGGUGAGUGGUUGCUCGUCAAUUUCCAUUACCGAUAGUCAAGAUGUGCUGAAUGGGGAGCUUGAUUUGAUUGAAGUCGAGUACAAAGAUUGGUUUGAUGAAUUAGCAAGGAUGCGGGAAGAAGCUAUGGAGGGAGGAGGACAGGAGAAGUGGUUACAAUAUAAUGAUGUUUAA